GCUGGGCGCCCGCGGCGUCACCGGGCAGCGGGACCGCGGCGAGCCCGGCGGGGCUCGCUGCCUCCCUCCCUCCGCUCCCCGCCCUCCGCUGGGCACAGACUUCGCCGGCGCCGUUUCCGGGACUUAUUCCUGAGUCAGGGAAAAGGCGUCUGGGCUUACAGGAGAGGCGGCGGAUUCCCCGGAGCCCGCGGCGCAGCCGUUAACUCGCGGGGCGCGGGGCGGUCCGGGGCUCGCCGGGAGCACGGAGCCGGCCGGGCUGGGAUCGCUGGAAUCGCAUCCGCUCCGCUCCCGCCGCCGCCGUGGGGGAGACGGAGACGAACCGCCCCCGCCUUGCGGGCGUUUAAAGAUUAGGGGUCCGCGGCUAUGUCCCAAACCACGGGAUUUGGAUACAAGCAAGUUCAGCUUUGCCGGUUAUCCUAACAUUUCUCUGCGUGUUGACAAAGGAAUCUGUAGAAAUUGCUCCAGUGCCAUAUACACUGCAAGUCCAUCGUGUAGCUCUGGAUGGAAGAGACCCCUCUAACCCCUUGAGGAGAGAAAAGAAGCAGGUGCAUUGUCAACUGGACCAAUACCUACAUCCUAGAAAGACCCACUGCUGCAUGAGGUGUCAUGCAGGUACCUACAAAGCAAGAGACUGUGAUCGGCCUGACCAGGCACCUGUCUGUCUUCCGUGUGCUAAUGGCACAUUCACAGCAGUUGAUAACAUCAUGUCUAAAUGCUUCCAGUGUACACGUUGCCGUACAGAACUCCAGCAGAUAGUAGAGGCCCCCUGCACCCCAAAGCAAGAUACUGUAUGUGGCUGUCAGAAGAAUCAAUAUCAGUUUGGUUCUGAAUCUGAUCUCUUCCAGUGUAGGAACUGCAGCUCAUGUGACAAUGGGAUUAUUGCCAGCUGUUCGAAGGACAGGAACACAAUUUGCAGGUGUAAGCCUCAGUUCUUCCUGUCACGUAGUAACAUUUGCAAGCCUUGCAACAGCUGUGCUGGAGAAGAAUGCUUGCAGUGUCAUAGCCCAGUGACUACCCCACCAACUUCAGCCGGGCUGAGUGGGACCCUUGUCCUUGGCAUCCUUGUUGCAAUAUUUGGAGUUAUCUCUAUCCUCUACAUUGUAAAUAAAGUAGGGAAGCUGGUCCGGGAAAAUAGGAUAAUGUCGCCUUUCUACUCCUGUGUUUCUUUGCCACAGACAACCAAGGAGCCAGUAUCAGAGGUUGAGGUAAAAAGAAAUGAAACUUCCAUCCUUCUUCCUGAGUCCCAGAAGGAAAUAGAAUUGCCAGUGAAUGCAACACCAUCUGCACCUCUGCCGCAAAGUUCACAUGAGUUACCAGACUGCGUCAGACCUGCGAGGAAGACACAGCUUCCAGACAACCCUGCUAUUCUCUACACUGUGGUGGAUCAUGUACCGCCAUCUCGGUGGAAAGAGUUUGUGCGGCGUCUGGGUCUGAGUGACUAUGAUCUAGAGCGAAUUGAGCUGGACCAUCGGCGUUUACGAGAUGCUCAGUACGAAAUGCUUAGACUGUGGAAACUGCAGAUGGGCCGUGCUGCAACUGUGGAGCACAUCAGCUCUGUUCUCAACCAGAUGGAGCUCAGUGGCUGCAGUGAUGCUAUUCAAGAGGCUUUGCUAAACCAGAACUCUCCUCAACCUUGCAGCCUCCACAACCAUCUUUAAUCUAUUUCCGCUUUAGUUGCCUUUGCUAUGACUGUUAAGAGAGGAUCAUAACUCUCUUACUUUUUGCAUAUCUCCCCAUCUUCCUAACACUCGUCAGCUGGGUUUGUUGGAGACAGCAGCAGAUUAUGCUAGAGGAAGGCUGAGGUUUUCUUCUCAACCAGUCAACACCUUUAAGCCACGACAGACCCCUGCAACAACUCCUUUUCCAAGGAGGGAAAGCACCUCAUAAAGGAAGAGGUGUGUGGACUCUGACCAAGAUGAAAACAGGAGCUCCAAGUGACUUGAUAGAUCAGCUGCUCUAUGGAUAAGUUGUUGCUGAAAGAGGUGCUCCACACACCAUGUGGUGGGUAAACUUGUAGGGUAAUUUGGUUAGGUUACCCAUUCAGAUGCUAAAGCACUUACUCACUUCUUGCAGGUCUAUUUUUCUGCGAGAUCAACCAGUUGAAGUGGCUCACAUUGCAGCCUUUUGAUUGCUCAAUCUUACUCGGGAAGUGGUGGGGGGGGGGAGGGGAGAAUGUGCCUAUUUCUGGAAGCAGGAGAGGAUUGCCCCCUCUCGGUAUCAACUAGGAAUUAUCGCUGUGGCAAAAGACUCGUUGAGAUUCAGAAGUGGUGGCUCUCUGUGAGAAAGGGGAGAAUGGUAUCCUUUACACACCAUUUCCCUCAGGCUCCAGAGGAGUAAGUGUUCUGAGCCAGUGAGUCAGAUGAGAGAGUUGGUGCUUUUUUUCUGAGUUUUUUUCUAUACCUAGAAACCAUGUAAGUUAACAUUAACAAAACAUGCCUGUGUGUUUGUCUAGAGUGGGAAGGAAUGCAUGUAUAUGUCUGGGUGAGAUGGUACCUGUGCACCUGGUAGCAUGAGCACCUCUGCAAAUCUGCACUUCUAUGCAGGUUGGUAGGCUCAUGUCUACCUGCUUAUCUAUCUGAAUGAUUCAAUGAAUCUAAUCUAACUGCAAAUGGGACUGUGUAUGUGUCUGUAUAUAUAUUUUAGCAACUGUUGAAUAACUUCACACUACUUCCUGAACUGCAUUCUGUGAUUGCUGCUUGGGUGUGAGAGCCAUUUGGUACCAUGUCCAGGCUCUCACCAUCAUUUUCUCACUGCUAUUACCCUGGGUGAACCAAAAGUAGCAAAAUCAAUCAGCCUGCAUCAGAUGCAGGUUAUCCACACAUUUGUGACAUCAAUUUUUUUUAGUCUCUCAUCCCUUGACCAGAGAGAAACUUUCUAUUGUAAAUACACUAAAUUCUCUGAAUUAAAAUUAAUAUUUUUAUCUC